CGGCUGGCUUGCGGCUCACCCGCCUCGGUCUCCGCGGCUUCCAGGGGCGGGUGGGGUGGGCUGAGCCGGGGCCACUGCCUCGGCCCCCGCCGCCGCCGCCAGGGAGAGGCCGAGCGCGGAGCUGCCACGGUCCUGGGAGAGAGCGCGGCCGCCGGGCGGCCCGUCUGCGUACGGGUGCAGGCCAGGGACGCGCGGCGAUGUGAGCUAUGAGCGCGACGUGGACGCUGUCGCCGGAGCCGCUGCCCCCGUCGACUGGGCCCCCAGUGGGCGCGGGGCUGGACGCGGAGCAACGCACUGUGUUCGCCUUCGUGCUCUGCCUGCUCGUGGUGCUGGUGCUGCUGAUGGUGCGCUGCGUGCGCAUCCUGCUGGACCCCUACAGCCGCAUGCCCGCCUCGUCCUGGACCGACCACAAGGAGGCGCUGGAGCGCGGGCAGUUCGACUACGCGCUGGUGUGAGGGGCUCCGGGGUCUGCGCUCAGGACCCCGCCCAGAUCCAGCCCCGGCCUUGGGCUUUAGGAGCAGGCCCACCCCAACCCCUUCGACCGCACCCAUCUCCCCCCUGGCCUGGCCAGAGCCCCACCUCGUGCCUUUGUCCGUCCCAUCCCUUCCUCUCUGCACACUCUGGGCCCCAACUCUGCAUCGGGCAGGAGGGGGAUCCCUAGCACUGACUCCCACCUUCCCCUGCUUGUAAGUGGCUCUGCUGUUGUCCUGUGCCAGGUAUGAGUGUCGUGCACCCUUUUUUGGGAGUGGGACCCCCCUCCGGGUCCCUUUCCUCCUCCCCAUGUUCUGGCCACACCCAGUGUCACCGUGACUGAGUGUGGAGCCCCCCUUUGCGCCCUGCGGGGCAGGACGCCGCAUCCCUGAUAAUGCCCUGCACAUCCUGCCCGAGACCCAGAGCCGGAAGACCCGCCAUGGCUGCUGAGACCCGGGAUGCGCGGCGCCAUCGGCCCCCAGGUCAGCGCGGCCUUCCCUGUGCCCACCUCUGCUUCCAUGGGCCCCUGCCACCUCCCCCAGCUCUCCCCGAGCCCCUCCUCUGCCUCUUCAUUUCGCCCUGUCUCAGCGAUGAUGAUGGUGGUGGUGGUGAUAAUAAAAGCUAUUAUUGAGCGCUUACUGCAUGCCACGCGAUGUUCUAAGUUAGCA